UACGUCACAGUGCACUAGCCGUUUAGUUGUAUAUAUCGGGUCAUACCAUUUUAAAACCGGAGCAUAUAUUAUUGAAUUUUCAUUUUGUUUUCAGAAGUUGUAAAGAUGUGAUCGAUGUGGUCGAGAAUGGACUCAAAUAAAGACUGUUAUUCGUUAAAAAAUGCAAAUGCAAGGAAGGAAAUCGGUGAAAUCCCCUAGAUAUCGAAUCGUCAACAAAGCUUGUCAACCUGACCUCAUUUCUCGUCGCGUUGGUCAAUGAGUGACGUCACAGCCAAUACUGAAACAAACAUGUCAGAAGCCUCAGGUGCGAGCUAGAUCACAGACUCACAAACGAUGUCAGCUCAGAUUUCGGGCGACCGCGGUCCCGAAAACACCUGGGACAACUUGGAGGAAAGUGUGAAAAAGUCGGUGAUUUCAUUAAGGGACUUUGCUAGGCGGAAGGAGAAGGAUUUUCAGUUUGUGAUUUCUCUUAGUCCUUCUGAGCUUGCUGGGUUCCUGAAGGAAUUCUUCUUAGCCUUAAAGGAGCAGUCCGCAACGUCCCCCUCCCAGAGUGAGGAUGAAAAUGGGGCUGCUGCCUCACUAGGAAAGAUUCGUUCGGACCUCUGCGAUUAUUUUAAGAAAGUAAUGAGCGUUGACAUUACUACUGGAAGCGAAUUUUCCGAGUGUAAUUUAAUCGUAGAUGAUGUCGCGCAGUCACAGACCAAAGACGGCUCCGUGGCCAAAAAUGCAGUGAUGAAGAAGCACACUCGACAACGAACAUUUACCUUUGAAACAAACGAACUGCGACAAAUAUACAUGAGCGAGGCAAUGAAUCUCGAUCAACCGGAAACGCUGCAGAACAAAGUGUUUUUUGAUGUGUGUAUGUACAUUUGUAAUAGAGGGAAAGAUUUCUUACGUUUAAUGACAAAAAAUGACUUUGAAGUAUGCACCGAUCAAAAUGGCAGACGAUAUGUAUUGCUUAAAUACGAUCCAAAGUUCAGUUCCAACGAAGUCGCUGGCGGUACACAGAUUGGUGAACGGAUGUAUGAGCGCCCAGGUGACCCAAAGUGUCCAGUGUAUUCCUACACGCAGUAUGUGAUCCACCUUCACCCAAUGUCGGAUGCGUUCUGGCAGCGACCAAAGCGCAGCAUCCUGCCAACAGACUUUGUGUGGUACGACAAUCAGAGCAUAGGGAAUAGCACGCUUAAUAGACUCAUGAACAGAAUAACACAGUCAGCAGGUUUACCGGACAGUUACGCCAUCAACGCAAUAAAGUCAUCCUACAUACCGGUCAUCGAGUCCAUCUGUCGGUCGGCCCUCUUCGGAAGUCAGCAGUUCCGCCGAAUACUCCAGAUAAAGCAAUCCAAUCAUGAUAUGCACUACCACGUGAGGAAGCGGCACUCUGAGGGCUCCCUAUCUAUCGCAAGUGUUCUGCGAGAGAGCCCAAUUUUCCGCCCUCGCAACUCGGAGCCCUUACUGCCCCUGUAUCGGCCUCUCAGCACGGAAACGGAGUUGACCCGUAGCAGCUCUACCAGUCCUGUACCCAGGGCAGGAAGUUGGGAUUCUGGUUCCCCCCACAUGUUGCCACACAUGACUCCGGAGAGGAAAGACACCCCAGAAACAGGGUACCAGCCAUUCAGGAAUUGUGAACCAGACCUACCGUCUGCUGGAUACCAGUCUAGCUACAGGGACUCAAGUCCCAAUGGGGCUCAAGACCUCUCUACCAGUUCCAUGUCCUCGGGGCCUCAGUAUCACGAGGAGGAACGGAAAACCAUGGAAACUGGCACAAUCCAGCAAGCCAAGCAAAAAUGUCUGGAGAUAGUUCACAGCCUCGAGGUACGAGACAUCAAGUCCUUUAUAAACUGGAUGAAGACAUUCGAAGCCAAGCAUGGGCCCUCAGGCCUGAUGGUCACCUGUCAGCCAGUCAAUGCUGGAGAGGCCCAGAUGACCCCAGACUAUGCCCGUACAUUGGACAGUUCUGUUGCUAACGGUUACACAGACCCCACUCGGAAACCGGCCCAGCGCACUGACAGCCAGCAAAAGAUGCAGGUCUUUACGGAUUUUGAGGCCAAAGAUCUGGAGUUUGACUGUAUUGGUGAUACUUUCUGUUGUACAUCUGAUGUUUCACCGGUCAAGAUAACCAUUCCUGCUCAGGAUACGGUACUCUUGACUGGUUUGCAACAGAAUACGCAGGUCCUCAUCCAUAGGAAGAACGACGAGAAACAGUCUUCAAUAGAUAUCAAGUACAUGCCCUUGCACAUGAGGGUUCUUAUGUCAUCGGAGAACUACACUCUUCAAGAUGUCGAGACAGUCGUACUGAAAAAGCAAAAGGAUGGGCCACAGUUUGCACCGGAAAUGACCAGGUCAAAUUACUUUAAGGAAGACAAGUCUAUUCCGAUGAAAAAGCGUAUCGUCUUGGACCAAGAAUCCCAGAAUCUGUCAAGUCAAUGUAAUGGUUCCCCCCAGCAAUCUUUCUGCCAGUCUCACUCCCCUCCCUCUCACAGUUUCCCCCAUCACACCUCCCCCUACAUGGCCCAUGCCAGUUAUCCCACCACCGGCCACCCCCAGGCAAGUAUCGCAAAUACCGCUGCCCUUAAUUAUCACAUGGCCCCUGGUCCACCCCAGAUGCUGGGAUCCUUAACACAGGGAAUUCCCGCCAUCCCGAAGUACCGAGAGAGAUUCCCUGAUGGAUGGGGGUAUACACCUUUACAGAAACGCCAAAAGUUUGGCAUGCAACAUAAUGGUAAUGGCAAAGAUGGCCCUCUCGAUUUGAUCAAGCCUUCAUAAGAUCUUGGUUUUUAAACUGCAUAUCACUGUGUUUAGUAUGUAAAUUUUAAGUGUAGUUGUAAAAUAUUUUCUUUCGGCACAGUCAUACUUGCACAUUUUGGUUUGGAAUUAUUAAAAUUUGUUGGCAUUUACAUAAAAUAUAUGCUUCUUUGAAAGCAAUAACAGAUAGUUUGGUUAAAAGAAGAUUCUUUUUAGCUCAUCUAUUUUUUGAAAAAAAUUAUGAGCUAUUGUCAUCACCUUGGCGUCGGCGUCCGGUUAAGUUUUGCGUUUAGGUCCACUUUUCUCUAAAGUAUCAAUGCUAUUGCAUUCAAACUUGGUACACUUACUUACUAUCAUGAGGGGACUGGGCAGGCAAAGUUAGAUAACUCUGGGGUGCAUUUUGACAGAAUUAUGUGCCCUUUUUAUACUUAGAAAAUUGAAAAUUUUGUUUAAGUUUUGUGUUUAGGUCCAUUUUAUUCCUUAAGUAUCAAAGCUAUUGCUUUCAUACUUGCAACACUUACUAACUAUCAUAAGGGGACUGUGCAGGCAAAGUUAUGUAACUCUGACUGGCAUUUUACUUACUAUCAUGAGGGGACUGGGCAGGCAAAGUUAGAUAACUCUGGCAUGCAUUUUGACAGAAUCAUGUGCCCUUUUUAUACUUAGAAAAUUGAAAAUUUGGUUAAGUUUUGUGUUUACAGUGUUUUUUUUCACUUAUAGGGGAAUGGUGGCGGGGCCCGUCCAAAGGGGAAAAAAUGCGUUGUUUUUUAGGAAAAAGGGAAAAUUAAAAAUUCACUUGUUUAUAUGUAAUGUCUUAUGAUAUUUAUGAUAUUAAUACACAUGUUUGUAUAAAUAUAAUAUUCACAGCCGAAUGUCUUUGUCCUUUUUCUUAAAAUUAAGAUAUAUAUCAAUGAUUUUUUCAACAUUAGUUUCAGACAGUUCAGCCUUCAUGCACAGUCCCAGUUUUCUUAGCCAUUUUGAGUCUAAUUGGCAUCUUUUAAAUCGAUAAAAUGGCAUAUUUGAGCAUGUUUUAUCAAUAAAAUGAACCAAAUUUGAAUGAUUUAUUCAACAAAAAUUGACACAAUAUAGAUACAUCAGGCUUUUUCCUGGCCAUUUUGGGAGAAAAAUGCAAUUUAUGUGAAAAGUCCACUGAUUUGGGAAAAAUUAUUUAAUAUAACUCUUUAUAAUAAUUCAAAAUAAUAUAAAUCAGAGUUAAAUACUUUGUUAGUUGUUUAUGAAAAAAAAAAUUGAGAUAUAUUUAUCAUGAUUAUGAGACAGUUCUUAAAAAAAAAAAAAAUUGCCAUAAAAAAACAACACUGGUUUAGGUCCACUUUAUUCCUACAGUAUCAAAGCUAUUGCUUUCAUACUUAUGAACACUUAUUAACUAUCAUAAGGGGACUGUGCAGGCAAGUUAUGUAACUCUGACUGGCAUUUGGACAGAAUUAUGGGCCCUUUAUACUUAGAAAAUUGAAAAUUUGGUUAAGUUUUGUGUUUUGGUCACCUUAACCCCUAAAGUUAUAUCAUAGAUAUUGCUUUCAUACUUGGAACACUCGCAAACUACAUGUAUCAUAAGGGUACAGUAAAAGGACAAGUUGCAUAACUCUGGUUGUCAUGUUUACGGAAUUAUAGCCCUUUUUUACUUAAUAACUUUGAAUAUAUGGUUAAAUUUUGUGUUUCGAUCCACUUCACUUCUAAAGUAUCAAGGCUAUUGCUUUCAAACUUCAAAUACUUUCAUGCUAUCACGAGGUUACUGUACCUGGCAAGUUGAAUUUUACCUUGACCUUUGAAUGACCUUGACUCAAGGUCAAAUUAUUAAAUUUUGCUAAAAUUGCCAUAAUUUCUUUAUUUAUGAUUAGAUUGAUACUUUGACAAAACUACUCUUACCUGA